GGACAUUUUUAGGAGCUCUGCUUCUUAAAUCAAUAGCCGAUGUUCCUUGUUAUAAGGUUUAGGAAAAUUUAAUGGGAAUAAUCCAACCUUUGCUCCGUUCUCCCAUAUUAAUUCAACCUUUCGAUUAUUCCGCAUUUAUCCAACCUUUGCCCCCCAUUUUCUCCCAGCAACCCUUGUAGGUCAACAAUCGGUAUCAACCGGUUUUAUGAUGACGUGGCACUUACCGUUGUUUGAAUUAUUUUGGUUUUUUAAAAAAUAGAAAAAACUCCCCUUUAUUUAACAACCCCCCUCCCUCCUCUGUUCAGCUUUCCCCUUGUGUGUUCCUCCUCGAUUCUUCACAACCAUUCUUUCUCAAUCCUGCUUUAUUAUUUGAGGUUGCGAAUUAAUUUAGAAAAAUCUGUAAUUAUGGAUAGGGCAAAACAUCGAGGAAGUUGCAAUUCUGGUUUGUCUUCUUCAAGGGGUUGUCUGUCGAACUUGAAAUGCAAAUGUGGAACUGAUGCGAUGGUGCGUACUGUGAAGAAUGGUCCAAAUUCUAGAAUGAAAUUCUAUGGCUGUCACUCAUGGCCUGAUGCGGAUUAUGGUUUUUUCAAGUGGAUUGGUGGUGUUAGAGAAAUAGAGGAUGAACUCCGGUUUCAGUUGUUCGAGAAGGAAACCACAAUUGCGGAAUUGGAAAUGCAGAAGCAGAUGGUUGAAGAGAAGGUUAAGAAGUUGCAAUUGAAAAAGGAGAACAUAGAAGAAGACUUGCAGGAGUUGAAAGCAGAGGUUUCUCAAAUGCGAAUUGAACUUAUGAAGAGUUCUAGGAAUGCGAAGAAUUUUUCUUUGGCUUUAAUGUUGCCAUGGGUGUUAUUUGGGAUUAUUGUGAUGUAUUUGAAGUAGGUUAUGUUAGAAUUGUUGAAUGUAAUGUGUUGAAGUUAUUAAUAAAAGGAAGGUGUUUAGAAACA